AUGGCUGAUCAACAUUCUUCACAUGAAUCUAAUACAUCACAUGGUGAUUCAUUACAGAAUCAACCGAAUACAACUGUUAGUAUUAGAACAUUACUUGAACAAAACAACAUGUUGUGUAAUGAUAAUACAAACUUACGUCAACAAGUACAACACUUAGUGCUACAAUUAAAUCAACAACAAAUUGAUUCUGAUCGACAACUUCAAGAAACUUUGUUCAAUUUAUCAGAAUCAAAUAGAAUGUUAACAAUUGAACUUAAUCAAAUAAAAAAAGAAAUUUUUAAUUUAACUGAAGAAAAUAACCGUGUCACACAGGAAAAUACAUAUUUAAAGGAACAAAUUGAUGAUCUUAAACAAGAAAAUUUACAUUUAAAAAAACAAGUUGAUGAUCUUAAACAAGAAAAUAUGUCUCUUUGA